AUGAACACCGGUCGUUGGAGCGACACAGUUAGAAAGUUUACCCCGUUUAAAGAUGAGUUGUACUGUUGCCAGGGAGUGAUACUACGAGGAGAGCGUUUGAUUGUGCCUUCUAACCAUCAAAAGCGAGUGCUUCGUUUAGCUCAUAUUGGACAUCCAGGAAUCGAGCGGUCGAAGCAACGUUUAAGAUCAAAAGUAUGGUGGCCAUCAAUGGAUAGGGACGUAGAUAAAGCUGUAAGAAGUUGCUUGGAUUGUCAAAUAGUUGGGAAAGCAUCUCCGCCAGAGCCAAUGGCAAUUAGAGAAUUGCCCCAAAAGCCUUGGGAUGUUCUGCAUCUCGAUAUGCUUGGACCUUUACCUUCUGGAGAAUCAUUAUUAGUAAUCAUUGACCCCUACAGCCGCUAUAGAGUCAUCGAAAUAUUACGGCAAACUAUAACCUUAGAUAUUAUUGCUAGGUUGCGUCCCCUAUUCAUGAAACUAGGAAUUCCGAACAUGAUGAUAACAGAUAACGCUCGAAACUUUUCCAGCAAAGAAAUGGAGGAAUUUUGUGGAGAAUUUGGAGUAACGUUGGGUCACACAACGCCAUACUGGCCGCAGGCCAAUGGCGAGAUAAAGCGCCAAAAUCGAAGUAUCCUCAAGGUUCUACGAAUUGCAGAGCUCAAUGGAUCGGAUUGGAAAAAAGACCUAGAUGAGUACAAUUAUGUAUAUGCAUUGACACGCCAUCCAGGAACAGGUUUUUCACCAGCCGAGAUUCUGUUUGGGCGUAAGUUUCGCGACUGGAUUCCACAGUUCGCUCAAUCGAAUCAGGGUUUGGAUUCAGAAUUAAGAGAUAAUGACAAAAUUUAUAAGUUCAAUUCCAAAGUCCAUUACGAUGCAGCGAAAGGAACCAAGGAGUCGCACCUGAGUAUUGGUGAUAAAGUGCUUAUGAAAAACCUAAAGCCAGCCAAUAAGUUGGCAGCAGCUUUCCACUCGGAGCCAGCACGAGUAUUACAGAAGAAGGGAAACUCUGUACUAGUCGAAACACCUACAGGACAGAGAUAUCAACGUAACUCCUCUCAUCUUAAAAAGCUGCAGUCUCCAGAGUGUGAUGAAACGAUCCAAGACGAGGAGGAGGAAGAUGAAGAAACUUUGGAGUGGAGUACGCCCUUGGCACAGGACCGAGAGACACCCGCAUCGCAAACUCGUGUACAAAGGGCUGAGGAUGCCGAUAAACUAACAACGGAAACCAAGGAACCAACUACGGUGAAGACAAGACGACAGGUUAAGAAGCCACUACGAUUUGAAGACUAUGUUUUUAAUGUAAAUCAAGACACAGAGUAA